GAAUUGUUUGGUGUACAUCGGUUUAUAAAUGAGUCAGGAAGAUGCUAACAUAUCUCCAAGUAGCGCAAAGGAGGAGAAGAAUCUUCUUAACGAUUCGACAUAUGUAAUCUGGUACGGAGUAAAUCAUCUUGCUUCUAUCGUGAUCCCUGUUGGUUUGACCAUGUUAUUCUCUGCAAUUCUCGUGAAUGUAGUGAGACCAGCGAGUUUUACUUCAGCCUUAGAACAGGGAUUGACGGUUUACAUGGUAUACAAACAGGAAGCAGACAACACGUGGGACUCCAUCUGGCAAGCAGUAAUCAAUUCCUUGGUGAUUGUUUUGUUUAUUGGCCUGAUGACCUUCAUUAUGGUCAUCCUCUACAAAUACAAUUGCAUUAAAGUGCUGUACGGCCUUCUCUACUUUUCCACCUUCAUGGCGAUCGGCUACACAGGCUGGGUCAUCUUCUACAUGGCCGCCAUGCAAUACCAAUUCAGCUGCGACCUCUUCUCCUCCGCCUUCAUCUUCUUCAACCUCGGCGUCGUCUCCGUCAUCUCUAUUUUCGGAACUUACGCCCCUCCCCUCGUCAAAAAAGCCUUCCUCAUCUUCAUCAGCUGCCUCGUCUGCUACCUCCUCUCCUUCUUCCCCGACUGGACCACGUGGAUCCUCCUCAUCGCCAUGGCUCUCUACGACAUCUGCGCCGUUCUCACUCCCUGCGGCCCUCUGAAACUCCUGAUCAACAUCUCGCAGAAUCGGGACGACGCCAUCCCCGGGCUUCUCUAUGAAACCACCCUCGAUCACAGCGACGGGCCGCUCCCCAUCGAUGAAACGCCCGACGAGGGGGUCAUUCCCGCGGGAGAGGGUGUGAUCACGGACGGAGACUACGUGGCGGACUCGGAGAUCGAGAUGGAAGAGGGCGGGAAGAUCAACCGGAUUUUCGAGAAGGAGAGCGUGUCGCUGGGACUGGGGGAUUUUAUUUUCUACUCGCUGAUGGUGUCGAAGGCGAGUUUGGCGUCGUCGGUUCCGUUUGUGUUUGUGUUCGUUAUUAUUCUGACCGGGCUGUUGUUGACGAUGGCGUUUUUGAGCGUGCUGGAGAUGGCGCUGCCGGCGUUGCCGUUCUCGAUGAUUCUGGGAGUGGUGACGUAUGCGUUGACGUAUUUUGUGGUUACGGCGAUGACGAACCAAUUCGCAUUAAAUGGAGUUUUGUUCUGA